CACACACUUCCACUUCAGACCCGGAUGGAUGACUUCACCGCUCCGCCUGGGUUCCCUUUAUGAUCGCGGGAUCUCCCACAUCCCACGGCAGACACACACGCGCACACACACACCGGCAGCAGCAGCGCGCGCACAGUCCUCUACUCUCCUCUGCUCUGCUCGCGCCGCGGAUCCUGUUCCUCUCCAGACUGACAGCAGACAACAACCCAGCAGCAGCACGAGCUCCACUACCACCACCAGAAGCAGCAGCGCGAGCUCAAACACCAGCAGCGGGGCUCUACCAGACUCUCUAGAACCCUCUUUCACGCGCUUUUACGCACAGGCUCUUUCUCUCGCGCGCGCUCAGACCGGAGGAUACGGUGCGCGCGUGUAACCGUCACUGUCAGCAACAGCAGCAGCAGUACCAGCCGCUCGCGAGUCCGCGCGCCAUCAUCAUUAUCAUGUCCGAGGUGCUGCCGUACAGCGAGGGGAAGAUGAGCGGCUACGGGCCGGACAAUGACGUCAGCCAGAUGUCCUUCAGCUGCGGGCUGCAGGACACGAGCGCGUUCUUCGGCGCGGGACAGGCCAAGAGACCCCCCAAACUCGGACAGAUAGGAAGAGCCAAGAGAGUGGUCAUCGAGGACGACCGAAUAGACGAGGUGCUAAAGGGGAUGACAGACAAGUCGUCGCCGGGCGUCUAAAGAGCAGCACACGAUGCCUUUUUCUUGCAGACAUUGAAACAAACAAAAAAAAACAACGAACCAAUUUUUUAACCACCGAUUCGAAGCACUUUGUCGGCUGUGCAUGAAGGAGGACGACGGUGGGAGAGGAGGAGGCUGCGACGCACGGACAAAGGUGGUUGGAGAAGAGGGAAGAGAGGAAGGGGGAGGUGGAAAAAGAGGAGGAUGAGGAGGAGGAGGUGGAAGAGGAAAAAGGGGGUGGGGGGCAGACUGGAGACUGGAGAUGGCGAGAACGACAUUGAUGACAUUGAUUUAGGGGAUUUAGGGGGCUCGCCAGCUACUGUCAGCUUUUGUACACAUCGAAAGCCUUGAUUGAAAGCAUGGCUGAAGCUUCUGAAGGCUAAGGCUGAAGCGUCUGGCUGAGGUUCUGGAAACGGUUCCGUCCUGCCGAGGCCUCUGCCCUCGAUUUAUUUCAAGAUGGAUGGAUGGACUUGCCAUUACUUCACGAACAAUCUUCUUGCAAGAAAAAUGAAAAUAACAUAAAAAUAAUCAGAAGAAAAAGAAAUCGGCGCCGUGUAGAGCGCCGACCUUUCGAGCAGAGGACGAAGCACAUCACUUUACGAGCUUUACAAUAUUACGUAGUUGUACAGAAUCUCUAAAGACCUUUUAAAGUCCUUAUCCUGUAGCUUACUACUACUACUACUUCUACUACUACUACUACAACACUCGCUUCUAAACAAGAAAAAGACCUAACACAAGCUGCCCUGGAGCGGCCUUACUCAAUCAAACGUAGAAAACCAUUCCAACUGCUGCUAGAGCUCUUUUGUAAUCACACAAACACACACAAACACAUAUACAUAUAUAUAUACAUUUAUAUAUAUAUACACACAUACACACUUACACAUACACUCUUACAGACCAGUGCGAACGAACGCACUGAUACGUGAUGCAGUGUACGCAGGCCUAUACGCGAGGAUGGUGCAAUGUGAAUAGAAAUGUGUAUUUCUUCUUAUUAUUAUUCUUAUUUUCCUAUUCUUAUUCUCACUUUCGUCCAUCGCCAGCCUCCAUUCGGCCUUUCCUAGAAUAAAGGUCUACAAUGUACAGCCUUCGCAGAUGUUCUCCAUGCCUAGUCUAGUCUGUAGCGCAUGCCCAGCCACGUGGCGCCAAUCCAAGCUCUCACCAGCAGGUGACUCACGUACAGACUCACGUCCUCAAUGUUUUACUCAACAGUCCUCAAUCAAGUUGAUUUACUACCCAGACUAAGCUAAACUAAACUACUAAUCUAAGUAGUAUAACUCCAGGCUCCAGACUAAGUGGCGCGUAAUCAGCACACUGCACACACAAUCACGUCCAAUUCCUUUCAGGCCAUAAGAUUUUACGAUUUAACCUUUCUGAAAAAAGGCAAAGACAUGACAGUUCUUUGUUGUUUUUUUUGUUCUUUUUUCAUCUCUCUGCAUGAACUUCUUCACUUCUUCUACUCCGGUGCCAACGCAGGUGCCUCUAUGAACCUCACCACCCGGCACGCUUCUUUAUUUUUCAAACAGAAAAAAAGUCAUAUUUGUAUUUUUGUAUCUAAAAUAAAUACUUGUUAUUUCAGAUAAUUUCAGCCUAUGCUAGUAAAAAAAUAUCAUCUUACGACUCAUCAGCAACCUGGUGUUUUGUUUGUAUCUCGGGAAGGAAACGGAAUCCACAGAACGGGACGAGAGGACUUUUUCUCGCUCUUUUUUUCUUUCCUUUCUUUCAAAGGGACUUACUGAAUGUGCUUCAGAUUUCUUUGCACACAUCAAUGUUAUACUACUAUUUACUGAGAAAUCGUAUACUGUGACUUGAGCUUCGUCAAUGAAUUUGUUAGGGGGAAAAGAAAAAAAUGGUGAUUUUAGACUCUACUACUCUACUACUGCACUGUUUACGAGUAUCCUCAAAUAACGUGGUUAUUUGGCGAGUUCUGAACAUAAUGGCUAUGUUUUUUUGUACCAUUCUUUUAAAAAGAAAGUUGAUUAUGGUUUGUUGUGCAUGAAACCUUAAUAUUUUUCAACAAUGGAGCGUCGUUUUAUGAAGCAAAAAAAAAAAAAAAAAAAAGAUUAUGUAAUGACAUUCUGAGAAUGAUUCAUUGUAUAUUAUGAUGCCAUUUUCACUGUACUUGGUGAAUUAAUAAAUGGUGGGGAAAAAUAAGAA